AUGCGCGGCGGGAGCGAGAUGACGCGUCUCGCCAACGGCCGGCAGGCGCGGGCGGCGGCGGGCGGCGCGGAGCCGGGCGCCGCGGAGGCGGGCGAGCUCAUCGGGCGGGCGCUGGAUUUCAAGAGCCAAGGGGCGCAGUGCUACAAGGACAAGAAAUUCAGGGAGGCCAUCGGCAAGUACCACCGCGCCCUGCUCGAGCUCAAGGCGCUGCUGCUGAGCCAGGAGGCGGGCGGGCAGCGCGCGGGGGCCGCGCUCAGCGAGGAGCACAGGCAGGCGGUGGAGGCCAUCGAGGUGGACUGCUACAACAGCCUGGCAGCCUGCCUGCUCCAGGCUGAGCUGGUGAAUUAUGAGCGUGUCAAGGAGUAUUGCCUCAAAGUGCUACAGAAAGAAGGAGAGAACUUCAAGGCACUCUAUCGAUCAGGAGUUGCAUUUUACCACCUGGGUGACUUCAACAAGGCACUCUACUACUUGAAAGAGGCAAGAGCCCGCCAGCCAACAGAUACCAAUGUCAUACGAUAUAUCCAGCUGACAGAGAUGAAGCUCAGCAGAUGUUCCCAGAGAGAGAAGGAAGCCUUGUGAAGAUGAAGCUGCUUCAGCUGACAUGCCCAAACGGGAACAUUUCCUUCCUAGAAGCCCAUUUGGUGGAUUUUCCUGUUUGCUCUGCCUCAUCCCCAGCUCCAUCCAUCCACUUCCCCUUGCUCUUCAUUGAAUCCCAGUUCUGAAAGAAGAAACUCAGAUGCUGGCUGCUUGCCAGCCAUGGUUAUAUCCCUUCCCCUUUCCAGGAGAGCACAGUGGCUACAUCCAGCCUUGUUCCAAGACAGUGUCAAACACACAGUGUAGGCAGUGCUGGGGACCUUGCUGGUCCUGAGCGGACUGCUUAUUACCUUAGGGAAGCAACCUGCAGACAACUACUUCCUGACCCGGCAAGUUGGAGACCAACAGUUUCUACUGGAGCUUGGAAGAGCUAAGACACCAAGAAAGCCACCGGUCAUUUUGCAGGGGGUCACAAAUGCCUUUUUACCAUCAGUGCCCUCUCUGCUUCCCCACUGCUG